GACACCCCCCCCCCCCCAAAAAAAAAAAAAAAUAAAAAAAAUAAUAAUAAUAAUAAAAAUAAAAAAUAAAAAUAAAAUCCACAACAUAAUACUUGUAGCAUUUUUUGACAGGUGCCUAGAUUUCUUCUUGUCAACGAUGACGUCAGACGACAUUUUGACCCUCCUCGGCGGUUACGGCAGGUUCCAGAUGCUGGUUUUCGUGGAGACUGGUCUGGUGUACAUGAGCGGAUGUUGGUUCACGUUUGCACCUAUCUACCUAGGAUUCGAACCAGGGCACCACUGUCGGGUGCCGCCCAACUCCACGGCUAACGAGUCCAUUUCAGGAAGUGUCACGGACGGGGUGUGGGUUCUCGAGAAGUGUACAAUGUUCAGUCUGAGCGACAACUCCACAAGUGGGGUUACGAACGUCAACGCUACACAACCCUGCGAUGAUGGAUGGACGUAUUUGUGGGACGAUGUUGGCAGAACGUCGUUUGUAUCUGAGUGGGACCUAGUGUGCGGAUCAAACUACCUGGCGGGGCUGUCCACGACCGUGUACAUGGCGGGGGGCACUGUGGGAGCCAUUCUCCUGACGCCAUUUUCAGACAGGUUCGGCCGGAAGUGGGUGAUGCUGGGAUACUUCUGGGCUCAGAGCGCGCUGGCAUUCGGCGUCGCGUGGGCGGACAACAUCAUCACGUUCACCGCGCUAAGGUUCUUCAUUGGAGCGCUCAAUAUGGCGUCGUCUCUGGUGGCGUUUGUGAUGAUGAUCGAGAUGUUCCCGUCCAGUCACCGCAUGGCGCCGUCAGUCCUGAUGCAGGGUUUCUGGUCGGCAGGGGUGAUGACCUUUGCCCUGUUCGGAUUCCUCGUCUACGACUGGAGACACAUAGAGAUGCUCAUCUCCUUGCCCAGCUUUCUCACAGUCAUCUAUGCUUGGCUCCUGCCUGAAUCCAUUUUGUGGUUGAUCUCAAAGGGGCGACUUGGCGAGGCCGAGAGAGUUCUGAGAACAGCCGCCAAGACCAACAGGAAAGAUCUACCGUCAGAUAUUGGGACGAUCCUCGAGAACGUCUUCAAGGGUGACAAGGACGGGACUGAUCCUACAGCUACUUCCGGUAUCAGCGACCAGACCAAUCCUGCAGCUAUUUCCGGUAUCAGCAACCCCGCAAUGUCCGCUACUAACCCAGACUCUCUUUCGCCGGGUGAUGUCUCCACCUGUUUUGAAAACCAAGACAAGAAGACAAUGGCGGACGGUGACCCGAAAACAGUGCUCAGCCAAACUGGACGGCAACUAGAACGCGACAGUGACGUCACUGGCUCCACAACUGAAGAAUCGGCCCCGUCUAGACAGGAAGUUAAUCCCAGCAGACCCCGAAAGGAAACGACGGUGAUCAGCAUGUUCCGUGAGCCAAAGAUAAGAAUCUACUGUGUCAUCAUGUUCUAUUUGUUUUUCGUAAUCAGUCUGAGUUAUUUCGGAACAAUAUUCUCCACUCCGACCUUACACGGAAACCGGUUUCUGAACUUGUUCAUCAGUGGAGCGAUAGAAAUCCCAGCUCUUUUGAUAUGCACGUUUGUCAAUCGAAUAAUCGGUCGUCGAAUACCGAUUUGCCUCUUUCUGCUGGUUUGUUCGGCCAUGAACACGGCUGUGCUAUUUCUCCCCGCCCACACGGCUGACGGGGUCGAUUUGGCUUGGUUAAAUAUCACAUUGGUGAUGAUCGGGAAAUUUGGAAUCACCGGAAGUUACUCCAUUAUCUACCUGUAUGCGUCAGAGAUAUUUCCCACGACAAUACGGAACCAUGCUCUGGGGAUUGCGUCAUUCUUUGAGAAUGUUGGCGGCAUUUGUGCACCCAUUGUUGUGUACGCUGCCAAGACGGACGUAAAGAUUCCAUUGGUGAUUUUUGCUGUGGGCACUGUGAUUGGUGGAAUUCUUGUUUUGAUUUUACCCGAAACUCACAAGCGACCUCUGCCUCAGACGAUUAGUGACGUCGUGAGCUGGAAAAAAGAUAUACAAGAUAAACAUAGCUAGAAACAUGAACACAUGAGAUGGGGUGUAGGGUGAAAGGGGAUUGUUACAGGCUUUCUGACAGAUGAUACAACAUUUAACACUCUUACAUAAGGCUUUCUGACAGAUGAUACAACAUUUUAUGACAACACUCUUACGUAAGGCUUUCUGACAGAUGAUACAACAUUUUAUCACAACACUCUUACAUCAGGCUUUCUGACAGAUGAUACAACAUUUUAUCACAACACUCUUACAUCAGGCUUUCUAACAGGUGAAACAACAUUUUAUCACAUCACUCUUACAUCAGGCUUUCUGACAGAUGAUACAACAUUUUAUCACAACACUCUUACAUCAGGCUUUCUGACAGAUGAUACAACAUUUUAUCACAACACUCUUACAUCAGGCUUUCUGACAGAUGAUACAACAUUUUAUCACAACACUCUUACAUCAGGCUUUCUGACAGAUGAUACAACAUUUUAUCACAACACUCUUACAUCAGGCUUUCUAACAGGUGAAACAACAUUUUAUCACAUCACUUUUACAUCAGGCUUUCUGACAGGUGAUACAUUUAACACUCUUACAUCAGGCUUUCUGACAGGUGAUACAUUUAACACUCUUACAUCAGGCUUUCUGACAGGUGAUACAUUUAACACUCUUACAUCAGGCUUUCUGACAGGUGAUACAACAUUUUAUCACAUCACUCUUACAUCAGGCUUUCUGACAGGUGAUACAACAUUUUAUCACAACACUCACAUCAGGCUUUCUGACAGAUGAUACAACAUUUUAUCACAUCACUCACAUCAGGCUUUCUGCAGAUUUUUUUUUUAAGUUAACCUUUUCACAAAAUUAAAUAUGCUUCACUAUUGACUUGUCUCAUCCGUAAUAUUUCACAACAAAACAUUAUAUUUGAAAAUAUUGAUCUUGAAGUUAUGAAAUUUCUUAUUUUUAUAUUUGCUUACUUAGUAUAUUGCUGAUUCCAGCUAAGAAAAAAAAGAGAAAUAAAAAAAUGUACAUGUAAUACUUUUAAGAUAAUGGA